AUGGAAUUAUCUGAUGAGCUCCAACUGUUCUUCCGCUUCUUACUUCCAGAGGAAGCACCUGUCACCUGGGCACAUCUGAGCCUCUUGUCACUGGGCUCCGUCCUUAUUUACUACCUGCUACGUAUUCCUUACCUCUUGUAUUUCCAUCCCUUAUCUUCAUUUCGAGGCCCGUUCUGGGCGGCAAUCUCAACAUGGUGGCUAUAUUCCGUAUGCAGGACUGGUCAUGCAGAACAAGUCUUCGAGCAGCUACACCGCAAGUAUAGCAAUCUGCCAGACACGCGAGGUCUUCGAAUCGGCCCCAAUGAGAUCCAUAUCUCCGACUCGACCCUCUACCACAACCUCUAUUCUCAGGACCAUAGCUUUGCCAAGGAACAGUCCUUUUAUGACACCUUCGGAACACCUCAUUCAGUCUUUGUGGAGACCGAUCGCGGCCUGCAUCGCCAGAGACGGAAGCUACUCAACAACUUCUUUUCCAAAACCUCGAUUCGCAAUAUGCAGAACAUCUUGUAUGAGAAGGUGUCUACCCUCAGUGACAUCAUGUCCAAUUUGGGCGAUGAGGAGUCCGUGAAUAUCUACAACGCUGUCCGAUGUAUGACUGUUGAUAUCAUCUCCGAAUUGGCUUUCGGUCAUUCCUUCAACUUGUUGGGCGACGCGAAAGACGGUGCCUUUGUCGCGAGCUACCUUGGGGCUUUUGACAUGGCCAGUGAUUACAUAUGGGAGAUGAUGUUUUUCCCAUCUCUUCGACGAGUGCUAAACAUGAUACCGCCGUCUUUGAUGACAGCCUCACCUUUUACGCGUCUUUUCCAGAGUAUUGAGGAUACUGUGACAAUCUUCAGGGAGAUGAAGGCUUCGGGCAAUAGUUGUGGACAUGACAUAAUGUUCGAUCUGCUCUCUGGCCUCGGUGACCGUGAACUGGUAGCUGAGGCUGGAGAUAUCCUAGUGGCGGGCUCUGAUACCACCGCUACGACACUCGCAGUUGCCAUUUAUCAGUUGAUCAGCCACCCAGAAGCAUACGACGCCCUGAAAACUGAAAUCCGACCGGCAAUGCUCAAGACAGCUGAGGAUUACGAUCUGAAAUCCAUUGAACAGCUUCCAUAUUUGACUGCUUGCGUGAAAGAAUCUCUCCGCAUCGCAUCCGCGGUGCCUAGCCGAUUGCCUCGAGUUGUUCCUCCAUCGCAAUCAAAGGCGUCCUCCUUGAUUGUUGAUGGGAAGGUCAUCCCCCCUGGCAGUGUUGUCUCCAUAUCCUCAUACACUGUCCAUGGUGACCAGGAGAUAUGGGGCGCCGACGCGCAGGAGUUUAAUCCGAGUCGGUGGCUAGGACCCAGGGGAAAACAGCUAGAGAAAUAUCUGGUAACGUUUUCCAAGGGCGCGAGGUCUUGUCUUGGUAUCAACCUAGCUCACGCCGAGCUCACGAUCGCGUUGGCGAUGUUUACCAGUCGGUUCGACAUGGUGAAUGACGGAACCACGAAGGAUGAGGACCACGAAGUGAUUGAUAGCUUCACAGCCGGGUUUCGGGGUACGGGGCCACGGGUGAAGGUUUCCCCUGUCUGA